AUGCAAAAUAUUUCUAUCAAACAACUACCAUCACCAUCUGUUGUGGUUGAUGAAGAGAUCGUUAGAAGAAACUGUAAGAAGAUGAUCGAUAGAUCUAAACAGUUGGGUGUUGCAAUUAGACCUCAUAUGAAAACACAUAAGACAAUUGAAAUUGGAAAGUUUCAAGUAGAGGGAUUAGAGUUUAAAAAGGUGAUAGUAUCGACAUUGCAAGAAGCAAAGUUCUACGCUCAGAGCGGUUAUUUUAAGGAUAUUCUCUAUGCAAUCCCAAUUGCACCAAACAAACUAGAACAAGCUGCUAGCAUUCACAGCUCGAUUGACGUUCUUCACUUGAUGGUGGAUCAUCCCGACCAUGUACGUGCUCUGGUCGACUUUCGUGUGAGCAACAACGCUGCUCUCGCCGGCAAGAAAUGGUCGGUGUUUGUCAAGAUCGACUGUGGAUACCAUCGUGCCGGUGCAGAUCCCUGCUCACCAAAAACAUUGGAUCUCAUUGCAUCGAUCACCAAAGACAACAACCAGCAUUUCGACUUCCAAGGAAUCUAUACCCAUUCCGGUCAUUCCUAUCGCCAACAAACACCGAAGGAAAUUGCAGCGAUAGCUCUGGAGGAAGCGACCGUUGCCGGCCAAAUGGGUGCCAGAAUCAGAGAAGCUGGUUUGCCAUGUCCGAUUGUCUCGAUUGGUAGCACCCCGUCUAGCGACCCCGCCAAACCUAUUGACUUUUCAAGAUACCCAAUAGGUACGGUCAUCCAAAUCAUUCCAAAUCAUAGUUGUCUCACCGCAGCAAUGUUCUCAAACUAUCAAAUCUUAAAAGGAAUUACACUUUUCGAAUUGACAUAA